AUGUCACCUACUACUGAGCAAUUGAAGAAUGCGUACCCCAUCGGUCAAGAGACAGCUAUAUUAACUACAUCUUUAUAUGUCUUAGGAAUUGCUUUUGGCCCAAUGGGGAGAAAAAUUGGUGUCCUUUUACCCUUCUUUAUCUCCAUGUUACUUACUGCAGGCACGGCGAGUGCAGAUAAUGUUGCAGUCAUUAUGUGCACUCGGUUCUUUUCAGGUUUAUUUGCUGGUGCACCCAUCGUUUCUACAGGUGGUGUCUUGGCCGAUCUUUAG